CUGCCAAACAGCUUUCCCUUCCUCUCCCCUUCCCAGCGCUACAGCGGAACCAAAAUGCGAGGAGCCGCGCAGGGAGGGGACGCCGAAGCAGGAGUGGCGCCAACGGAGACAUGAGCAGCCCGAAGGACGUGACCUGCAGGUAUUUUAUUCAAGGAGUAUGUCGUGAAGGAAAUAGGUGUAUGUUUUCCCAUGACUUGUCUACAAGCAAACGAUCUACUAUCUGCAAAUUCUAUCAGAAAGGACAGUGUGCCUAUGGAACUCGCUGCAAAUAUGAUCAUGUUAAACCUCCGGGAUCCUCUGCAUCUGGUGGCCCAGUGGGUUCUAGGCCACUUUACAUUUCUGCGCCACCAUUCCAAAGACUUAACUCCCCAUCAGAGCAGAAUACAGCUGUUAUCAAAAGUAAAGUACAUGAAUCUGGCAAACGUGAAAAGAAGACCUUAGUGCUCAGGGACAGGGACUUGUGCGGAUCCAAUGAAGAAAGGACAAGGCCCAAUACAGUAAGUGACUUGGCAUGUUGCAGUAUUCCAGCUGACACACAGGAAACAAAGCCCCAUUCAUAUUUAGAUGCUAUCCGCAGCGGGCUUGAAGAUGAUGCUGAACCUGGGAGUUCGUGUGCAUAUGAUGAACAAUUGUGUCCCUACGCAGCAGCUGGCAUAUGCCAGUUUGGGGACCAGUGCCUCUACCUCCAUGGGCAAGUGUGUGAAAUCUGUGGGUUGCAAGUACUUCAUCCCUUUGAUCCAGAACAGAGGAAGACACAUGAGAAGAUGUGCAUGGCUAGCUUUGAACAUGAAAUGGAGAAAGCUUUUGCCUUUCAGGCAAGCCAGGACAAGGUAUGCAGUAUCUGCAUGGAAGUGGUGUAUGACAAGCCAUCAGCCUCUGAAAGAAGAUUUGGAAUCCUUUCUAACUGCAAUCACACAUAUUGUUUGUCCUGUAUCCGUCAGUGGAGGGGUGUCAAGCAGUUUGAGAAUCCCAUCAUAAAGUCCUGUCCAGAAUGCCGUGUGAUAUCAGAAUUUGUAAUUCCCAGUGUGUACUGGGUAGAAGAUCAGACAAAAAAGAAUGAGCUAAUUGAAGCAUUUAAGCAGGGGGUUGGGAGAAAAGCCUGCAAGUAUUUCGAGCAGGGCAAGGGGACUUGCCCAUUUGGGGGGAAAUGUCUGUAUCUCCAUGCUUAUCCAGACGGAAGACGGGCUGAGCCAGAAAAGCCACGAAAGCAGCUCAGCUCUGAGGGGACAGUCCGGUUCCUCAAUUCUGUUCGUCUGUGGGAUUUUAUUGAAGACCGAGAAAACAGGAUGCUGCCAGUUGCCAGUGAUGAUGUAUCCGAGAUUGGAGAGCUUUUUAUGCAUCUUUCUGGCACAGAUGCUGAAUCUGCUGCUCCUCCCUAGAAUACUGCAAGUUCUCUCUUCUGUAUUGAUCAUUCUGUUUCUUCAGUAACUUUGUACCACAAUAGUAGAAUUACUGUGCCGUGGAGACUGAGGCCCUGGUGAAAUUCUAGUAUGAGUGUCAUUGUAGAGCAAAAGUGUUGAGACAUCAUAAAAUGAGUGCUUGGAAUAAAAGUGAUAGAUGUAAUCAUGAAGAGAAGAACUUUUCUAUUAGAAGGGAGCAAUAUGUUCUUUAGUUUAAGAGAAUAUUUACUCCCGUUUUAUUGAAAAAAAACUUGCUAUUCUAAGAUUUCAGAUAGAUCCAAGUACUUGGAGGUUGUCUUUUAAGUUCAUCAUAACAUCUUAAUAAAAGAAAGGAAAAAUACAUCUAAUUACCCAUGUCAAAUA